AUGUCUGACAGACUUUACGACCCGCACCCGAGCGAUCAGGGGUACAGCCAGGGCGGCAAUAACCAGACUGCGAGGGUUCAGGAUGAAAUCAACGAAGCAGUCAGCCAAAUGCAAAAGAACAUCCAACUCACAUCCCAACGUGGCGAGCGCCUGGACAACCUCCAAGACAAGACCGAUGCCCUAGCCGGCCAAGCGAGCAAUUUCCGCCGUGGUGCCAACCGUGUCAGGAAGCAGAUGUGGUGGAAGGAUAUGAAGAUGCGGAUGUGCAUCAUUAUCGGCAUCAUCGUGCUGAUGAUUGUGAUUAUCGUGCCUAGUGUCAUCUACGGCAAGCACCACUAA